AUGACCAAGCAGCCUGCCAGGCCGGAGAGAUACUAUCCUGGUAAAGCUCUCGCUGAAGACGUUGUCUCCUCUGAUGAAUCCGACGAAGAAGAUGAGGAAGAAGACGAGCCGGUACCAAGCACGGAAUCGAGGGCUCCGCCGCCACGUGUGACUACAUUCCCUGCCAUUAAGAAAUCGGCGCCUUCAAUUCCAGUCCAAAAGGCUAAGCCUGAAAUUGAUCUCGAGGGGUUUGUAACGGCAUCAGAGUCCUCUGACACCGAAGAACAAGCGAAUGAGGAUAGUAGUGGGGACGACGACGACGACGAUGACGACGAUGACGAUGAAGAUGAAGAGAGUAGUUCGGAUGAUGAGCCAAAGAGGCCAAUGAUUGCGCCCAAAUUCAUUUCCAAGAAUAAGCGGGCUCAGCAGCAGCAGGCCGGAGUGGACACAGAGGCUAAACAAGCAGAGGAGGAACGUUUGCGGAAGGAGAAGGCAGAUGCGGUAUUACAGGCGCAAAUUGAGCGGGAUGCGGAAGCACGUGCCGCAGGAAUCAAAGCCUGGGACGACGAAGAUGUUGCGGACGAAGAUGAAGUUGACGAUACGGACGGAAUCGAUCCUGAGGCGGAGCAUGCUGCGUGGAAGCUACGUGAGCUGAAACGAGUGCAACGCGAUCGUGCUGCACUUAUCGCCAAAGAGAAGGAGAGGGAAGAGAUCGAGCGUCGGAGAAAUCUGAGCAUAGAGGAGCGCGAAAAGGAAGAUCGCGAAUUCCUUGAGGGACAAACAGCCGAGCGAGAAGGCAAAGGCAAGAUGGCUUACAUGCAGAAGUAUUUCCACAAAGGUGCGUUCUUUAAUGGCGAUGACGAGCAGGACGAGGAGGUCAAGGCCGCGCUACAGCGUGACCUCGCUGGUGUCCGAUUCCAGGAUGAGACAGGAGACAAGUCAGUGCUUCCAGAGUACAUGCGCAUACGGGACAUGACGCGACUUGGGAGGAAGGGACGCACGCGUUACCAAGACUUGAAAUCUGAAGACACAGGCCGCUGGGGAGAGGUCGCUUCAAAGGGUCGAGAGGGCGCGGGUCUCGACGAACGAUUCCGGCCCGACAACCGAGGCGGCAGAGAGGAGCGAGAGCGAACAGGUGCCAAUGCCGUCUCGGUCGGAGAGCGAAGACACCGAGACGAGGAAUCGAAUAACGAUCGUGACGGAAAACGGACACGUUAUGAAUGA